AAAAGAGUUCUUGCUUGACUACUGUUUGGGGACAUAGUUAGUGCUUGAUAAUAACAUGAAUAUCGAGGGAAGAUUGGCAGAGGACUCGAGGGCUGCUGCUAAAGGCAGCAGGCUUGAGUUUGCAUUACAAGUUCUUCGAGGCCGAUGGCUCGCACUUUUUGCAUCCUUAACAAUUUUGGCUGGUGUAGGUGGUGGCUAUAUCUUUGGGAUUUAUUCCAAGGAGAUCAAAGCUUCUUUAGGCUAUGAUCAGACAACACUUAAUCUGAUUGGAUUCUUCAAGGAUCUUGGCGGAAGUGUUGGGCUAUUUUCGGGCUUGAUUGCAGAGGUAACUCCAGUUUGGUUUGUUCUUCUAAUCGGCUGGUCUCUGAAUUUUGUGGGCUACUUUGUGAUAUGGCUUGCGGUUUCGGGAAAAAUAGCAAAGCCAAAAGUGUGGCAAAUGUGUACUUACAUGUGCAUUGCAGCCAAUUCUCUCAAUUUUGCAAACACGGGAGCUCUUGUCACUUGUGUGAAAAAUUUUCCUGAGAAUCGCGGGGUUUUGUUAGGUCUCUUGAAGGGAUUUGCGGGACUAAGUGGAGCUAUCAUGACACAAAUUUACUUGGCCCUUUAUGGGAAUGAUCCUCAGUCUCUCAUCCUCCUGAUUGCAUGGUUUCCGGCUGCACUAUCACUGGUUUUUGUCUAUACAGUCCGGACCAUUAAAACGGGUACGCAGCCAAAUGAGGUCAGAGUUCUGUACCAGUUCCUAUAUGUAUCAAUUGCAUUAGCUUGUUUUAUCAUGGUCAUGACCAUAACUCAAAAACUAGUACCUAAUUUUCCGCCAAUUGCUUAUGAUGCAAGUGCUACUUUAGUUUGUGGUCUACUAUUCUUCCCUCUUUUUAUUGUGUACCGAGAAGAGUUGCAUCUCUGGAACCAAAACAGAAUUCCUAGUAGUCCUAAAAAUGAAAAGAUCGAGAUUCCAGCACAAUCCACUCCAAGAUCAGAAGAAAUGGAAAGAAAAUCCUGUUUCUCUAAUAUUCUUGAUAAGCCACCAAGAGGAGAAGACUACACAAUUUUACAAGCAAUAUUCAGUGUAGACAUGUUAAUUUUGCUAAUUUCAACAGCUUGUGGACUUGGCUCUGGCUUAACUUUAAUUGAUAACUUGGGUCAAAUUGGAGAGUCACUAGGAUAUCCGACACAAACGAUUAAUACAUUUGUAUCGCUAGUAAACGUAUGGAGCUACUUUGGAAGGAUAUCUGCUGGUCUGCUCUCGGAAAAACUUCUAAUUAAAUUCAAAUUUCCCAGGCCUCUUAUGAUUACAAUCUGCCUCUUCUUAAUAUGUGUCGGUCACCUCCUUGUGGCCUUCCCUGUUCCGGGCUCAGUGUAUUUGGCAUCCGUAAUUAUUGGUUUCUCAUUUGGAGCGCAGUAUCUAUUAUUCAAUGCUAUAAUAUCUGAGCUCUUUGGUCUUAAGUACUUUGCUACAUUGUUCAAUUUUGGCGGGUUGGCCAUUCCAGUGGGUUCGUACUUGUUAAACGUGAGGAUUACUGGAGUCAUGUAUGAUCAUGAAGCAAUGAAAGAUCUUGCUCGGAAAAAUAUGCACAGAUCAUCAGGUGAGGAACUGACAUGUAUUGGAGCUCAUUGUUACAGGAAAUCUUUCAGUAUUUUGGCAGCUGCUGCAUGUUUUGGAGCUUUUUCUUCGUUGGUUUUGGUCUUCAGAACUCGAGAGUAUUACAAAGGGGACAUAUACAAGAAGUUUGGAAAAGAAACUGAAGCACAAGAAGAGUAACUACAAAUUAGAUUACCUUUGUUUGCUGUUUAAUUUUAUCGACGACAUAUGUUCGUUAGUGCAAUAUUAUGCAAGUCUUUGAAAUUCUAUACAUAGUAUAGCGGCGCAGAUCGUUGCACAAUACUAUGUAAGACUUUGGAAUUCUAUACAUAAAGUUUG